AUGCCAGCUCAGGGCAAAGCAAAGGGCAGUCGCCGCAAUGAAGGCGCCUCCUCUUCUGCUGCAGCGAGCGACCCUCGUUUCGCAUCCAUGACCACAGAUCCUCGCUUCCGUCUUCCCUCAGCACGACACAGCAAAGUAGGCGUCGACAAGCGUUUCACCCGCAUGUUCAAGGACGAUGAUUUCUCAAAGAAAGCGUCUGUCGACAAGUACGGUCGCAAGGUUGCAAAGAGCAAUGCGAAGAAAGAGUUGGAACGCUUCUACAAGAUUGAAGAUGGAGAUGAGGAGGAAGAUGAAGAGUCAGAGGAAGAGAUGGGAAAGGCACAGAAGGUCAAGCCUAAGAAGAGCAAGAAGCCGGUGAGAGAGGUUGUGGGAAGUGAUGAGGAGAGCGAAGAGGAGGCUAUUGCUGAUGACGAGGAGAUCGAGGCUGAGCUCAAGAGACUGGAUGGCAGAGUCAGGGAUCCGGCGAGAGAGGGCGGUUUCUCGUCUUCUGAGGACGACAGCAGUUCUGAAGAUGACAGCGAAGAGGAGGAGGAGAUUGAAGAGGAUGCAGUGGAGUUCCCUAACGAGGAAGCUGCUGAUGUGCCUCUUGGUGAUGUCUCGUCUCGUCUGGCUGUCGUCAACCUCGACUGGGACAACAUCCGCGCAGAGGAUCUCAUGGCUGUUGCGCAGAGUUUUGCUGCUACUGGCCGUGUUUCCAAGGUCGUCGUAUACCCCAGCGAGUUUGGCAAGGAGCGCAUGCAAAAGGAAGAACUCGAAGGCCCACCUAGAGACAUUUUCGCCAGCACAACAAAGGAGAUCGACGAGGACGAAGACAGCGACGACGAGGAAGAGAGAAUCAAGAAAGAGCUACUGAAGGGAGACACAGGCGAAGAGUUCGACUCCGCAAAACUGCGUCAAUACCAACUGGAUCGCCUAAAGUACUACUACGCCGUCAUCACCUGCGACUCCAAGGAAACAGCAAAGUCCCUCUACGAUGGCAUGGACGGUCGUGAAUAUCUCUCCACAGCAAACUUCUUCGAUCUGCGAUUUGUCCCUGACGAUGUCGAUUUUGACACCGACACCCCUCGCGACGAGUGCACAAAGAUUCCCGCAGGCUACAAGCCCAACGAAUUCGUCACAGAUGCUCUUACCCACAGUAAAGUCCGCUUGACAUGGGACGCCGACGACACAACAAGAAAAGAAGUCCAGAAACGUGCCUUCUCUCGCGCUGAGAUCGACGAGAACGACCUCCAAGCCUACAUCGGCAGCGACAGCAGCGACGACGAAGAUAACGACACUGGCAUGACAAAAGCAGAGCAGCAAAGACAAAAGAUGCGUGCUGCACUGGGUCUAUCCACCGAAGCAGCAAAGUCAAAAUCUAAAGACGAUGGCCCGGUUGGAGAUAUGCAAAUCACUUUUACUUCCGGUCUGUCCAAUGCCGCAGCAAAGUCCAAGGAAACCACACGCGAGAAGUACAUCCGCAAGGAGAAAGAACGCAAAGCCCGUCGCAAGGAAAAGAUGAAGGCAGCCCGCAAUGGAGGUGAAGCUGCAGCAGAAACAUCCGACAACGAGGCCAUCACAGAAAAGACACCCGCAAGCACAGCACCAGCAGCAGAUGACGACGAUCCCUUCAACGACCCCUUCUUCAACGACACAGCAACCUCCCAAAAACAAGAAAAACUCGCUCGCAAAGCAGAUCGUCAGAAGAAGCGCGAGGCGAAAGAAGCAGCAGACGCCGCCAAUGCCGCCAAACGCGCCGAGCUGGAACUGCUCAUGGUCGACGAAAACACCGGAGCUUCCGAAUCCAUGCGCCACUUCAACAUGAACGAAAUCGCCAAAGCCGAAAAGACCCUCAAGAAGAAAUCGAAAAACAACAAGAAAGCCAAGGAUGCAGCUGAAAUACUUAAACAAGACGAUUUCAGUAUGGAAACGCAGGAUCCGAGAUUUGCCAAAUUGUUUGAGAGUCAUGAGUUUGCUAUUGAUCCUACGAAUCCUAGGUUCAAGGGUACGCAGGGUAUGAAGGCGUUGUUGGAAGAGGGAAGGAGGAAGAGAAAGGGUAGGAGUGAUGAGGAUGGUGAGAGAGCUGAUGCUCCACCGGUAGAGAAGAGGGAGAAGAAGGCAAAGACUGAGGCUUCUUCUGGUGGUGAGGAUUUGAAUUCGCUGCUUGCGAGAGUAAAGGCAAAGACCAAGGCUAGGUAG